AUGGUCAAAACGACAAUGAUUGCACGCGUUUCGGACGCACUUCCAUUGGCAGCGUCUAUCGACGAUGAACAGGUGGAAGUAGAGCUCAAGGAGUACAAGUCGCAGGCAAAACUAAUCUUUCGUAAACUCAACAUGAACUCGGAGAGCAGAUGUUCAAUCGAAUCUGGGAGCUACGUAUUCCACUACAUCAUUGAUCAUGGGGUAGUGUAUCUGUGCAUAUGUGAACGCAACUAUCCACGCAAGCUAGCUUUCACAUACUUAGAUGAUCUCGCCAAAGAGUUCUUUAUGAGUUAUGGCAAUGAAAUCGACCGUCCUGGUCUUCGUCCUUAUGCUUUCGCUAGAUUUGAUACAUUUAUGCAAAACACAAAGCGAUUGUAUCAGGAUACCAGGACACAAUCCAACCUGACAAAAUUACAUGAAGAUCUGCAGGAUGUGACCAAAAUCAUGACCAAGAACAUGGAGGAUCUGCUUUACAGAGGUGAGACACUAGAUAACUUGCAAGGAAAGUCAGAGCUAUUGCUCAGAGACUCAGCCCGAUACCGCAAGACAGCCAGGGAUGUGAAUCUGCAAGCGCUGUACCGCAAGUACGGACCUCCUAUCAUUGUCGGCUUUGUGUUCAUGCUUGUUAUCUAUUGGAGGUUCUGGUGGUACUAAGGGUAUAUAGUAGAAUAGGGUAAAACAUAAAAAAGAGAGGAAAAAAAAAUGACAAAGUAUCGUGGGAAUGUAAAUGUGUUUUUAAUUGUAUUGUUCUACGUAAUGAGAAUAUAACUUGAAUCGGCUGUACGGUUCAUAUCGGAGAACAGCAAGCAAGAAUGAAACAAACAACGCUAUCAUCCACUUGCAU